AUUAAAAUUAAACCAAUGCAAUUAUUUUCAAAUUUAUCUUCUAAGAAAGAUGGUAUUGCUUUUUUCCCAAAGAGCCUUUAAAUGUACUUGAUAGUUUUAGAAGGAAAACUCCUUUAGUUUCUUAAAAUCCUUUGAUCAAACUCUGCUUGACAUUUAUGCGUUUCAUGGCCAUGAAAAAGAUUGUCAGUCUGCUAUUUCUUCUCAUCAUCUCUUCAUCACUAUGUGCGACUUCAUCUGCAGGUCGUGAAUGGAAGUUUGUUGAAAAACCCGCAGCCAUGGAUUUGGGUGCAACUAAUAAGCAGGAGAUGUCAUCAAGGAAGUUGGUACAGCAUAAGAAUGAAGCACCUUUGACAAGUGAAAUUCAUGAGAGGCUUUUAAGGGUAAAUACAAAAGAUUAUGGAAGAUAUGAUCCUUCUCCUACUCUUGUCAAGCCACCUUUCAAACUCAUUCCUAACUGAUGAAUGAACAGUAACAUUACUGAUGAAGGAUGCACCGCCAAGAAAAAAAACUAGCUAUAAAUGUGUGCGUUGAGUACGUAGUAAAACAUUAAACUCUGAAAGUCGUAAGUAGUAUAUACAGAAUAUUUGUAAGAGCAAAGUAGUAUAUAUGGAAUAUUUGUAAGAGCAAGUCUAUGUUUGUACGUAUUGUUGCAAAUAUGUACGUCUAUGUGUGCAUAAGUACUACUAGUAAGUUUUGAACAAUAAGUUUGUUUCAA